AUUUUUUCAUGAUAUAAAGACAACACAAGACAGAGGUCAAGAUGGUCUCUGUGGCUCAGACCUCAGUGUUGUUUGUGUACUGGUGGCAGGAGGUCCAUUCUUUGCCCCGACUUUCGCUGAGUGUGUGUCCCAAGUAGUUUGGCCAGGAUGUGACACCCCACCCUGCCGACAUGUCAGAGGAGGCGGCAGAGAGUGGGAGUGACGGGGGUCCGGAGGGUGCGGUGGGCAUGGUAUCAGGCGUGGUGUCAGGUGUGGCCUUGGGUGUGGCCAUCGUGGCGUCCAGUGUGACUCAUGGCGUAGGAGAUGUGGUGCACUCUGUGGCCACGGGGAUGGGUGAUGUGGUGCAUGGCGUGUCCUCGGGUGUUGGGGUCAAGGUGCACCAGGUGACGGCGGGGAUGAAGCGCCUCCUCACCGAUCCCCCAGAGUCCCCCACAGCCAGGGACAGGGAAGGGGUGCUGAGGGUGGAUGGGGAGGAGGAAGAAGAGGAGGAGGAUGAGUGGCCUGGAAUCCUCCCCCCAACACCUCGCAUUACAACUCUCUCACCUGUUUCGGACGACCUGUACAGUGAUCUGAGUCCCGGCACAGACUCUGAGGCAGCAGCAGAGGAUGCAGCCAUCAACCAUGAGCUGGGUCUGUCAGAGGACCACUACUCAAGGCCUGAGGAGAGCAUUCGGAACAUGAGCCAGGAGGCUGUGGAGGUGAACAUAGAGAAGUGCAAGGCGUUGAUCCUGCAGAGUGAUGAGUCCACCACACGACGCCGAGCCCUCGUGCACAAGUUGAUACAGCUCAGACUCAGACUCCAGGAUAUGCAGGACACAGCUGAGAUAGUCUCCACAGGGGUGCUGGUGCGCCUUGGGCACCACCUGCAGCCCCAGAAGCCGCCCCUGACCAGGGCCUCCAAGCAGUACUGUGACAAGUGCGCGCACAUCAUCUGGGGUGUCAUCAAUGUCUCUUACUUCUGCUCAUUGUGUGACUACAGGUGUCACGGCAGGUGUGUGGAGGGCACCAUCCGCAGGUGUGCCAGCCUCAGGGUCAGCGAGGACCCCACCUACAUCCUGCGCAUCUGUCCUGAGGUUGGACUUUCUGCUCAGGGCUACAAGUGUGCCGAGUGCAAGCGUGUCAUCACCAACAAAGACAGAGUAAUUUCAGAGGCAGGAGGGAAGAAACAAAGAAGGUGCAAAGCCCAUCCAAGGGGCAUCUCUUGUUUUGGUGACCCACUGCGAAAAGAGAGUGCGUGGAGUGAGCCUCGUCGCUGUGACUACACGGGUCUCUACUACUGCCCGGCCUGCCACUGGGAGUCCCGGGUGGUGCUGCCGGCGAGGGUGCUGCACAACUGGGACUUUGAGGAGCGCGGUGUGAGCAGGCAGGCCAAGCAGUUCCUCGCUCUCAUGAAGACCAAACCUGUCCUCAAUCUGGAGCUACUGAACCCACACCUCUUCAAGUUUGUGGAGGAGCUGAGCAUGGUGAAGAAACUCCGUGAAGACAUCCUGCUCAUGAAGCGUUACCUGGAGACCUGCCGCAACGCUCAGGAGACACGAAUGCUCCGCCAGCUGGAGGAACGGCAGCACUUUGUGGAGAACACGCACAUGUACUCCCUUCAGGACCUCAUAGAUGCUGAGACUGGGGUGCUGGUGGCCUACCUGCAGAGGGUCCACCAUAGCUUCUCAGAACAUAUCAAAACCUCCUGUCUGGUCUGCCAAGGCAAGGGUUACAUCUGUGAGAUCUGUGAUGUCAGCGAGAUCAUCUUCCCCUUCGAUGGCGGCGUGGUGGUGUGCGACGGCUGCUCCACCGUGCUCCACCAAUGCUGCUACACCUCCAGGGGGUCCAGGUGCCCCAGGUGUGCCCGGCAGGAGGCCAGACGCAAGCAGGAGACAGCUCAAGGGCAGAGUAGUGGGCUGUGAGGCAGGGAGGUGAGAGGCUGUGCAGUUCAAUUAGAAGAGAGGGAAUGGGGGAAUCCUUCUUUGUAUCAUAUUUAUUUCAUUCAUGUUGUUGAUGGAAACAGGCUGAAUUCAUCCUUGUUUCUUUGUUGUUUUCAUGUUGUUGCUUUUUUCCUCAGAUUGUUACUUUAAUAUGCUUAUCUCCCAAAGAAUGUAUCCUUCCUAUUGUUAAAGGAUAUUUUUUUUGGAAUGCAUAUUAAUGGUGUUUUGAAGGUUACUGAUACCUUGUUUUGGAAGAUGAAUCAGAGGUAGAUAGAGAGUAUUAAAGAAGAGUUCAGGGCCUUGGGUAGGAUGCUGUUUGUUUUCAGUGCAAUGGAAGUAUAGUUUGGGUCUCGUUACAGUAUAAAGACGAGAAAUUGUGUAAAAUCAGCGACCAAUGAUUAGUCUGAAAAACAGUGUCAGAACAGUGAACAAUACUGUGGAAUGUGUGUUGAGACUGCUUAGACAUAAGCAGAAUACAAAAAGUGUAAACCAGAUGUGUUCAUAGAAGUAGUGACUGAGAGUGAAGUUUCCAGCAAAAGAGAUGAGCAAGAAGUGUGUUUUGCCUCGUAGAUUUUGUCUCUGCCUGUCAGUGUUGUAAAGGAAAUGCAGAGUGGCAGAAUGUACAGACUCACACAUUGAUACAGUGUUCAAUAGUGACUUAAGAUUUCAUUUUACACAUCAGUAGUGGAAAUCUAUCCUAGAGUUCCACUCCAUAAUGAUGGGUAAUAUGGAGAUGCAUUCUGAUGUGAUUUUAAAAAGUCAUGUGAACUGUCAAAAGAGGGAAUUUCUUAUAUUAAAGAGAGGAUUUAGUUAUGAUAUUACUUCACAUGACAGAUCAGUUAUGUAGACUGCAUACUAAUUUUUCCUCUUGAAUUUUGUUAUGAAAUGCUCCUCUGCUUACUUAAACCCAUGUAUACGCUUACUUCUCUCCCUUCUACCUCUAUGUCUGACCUCCCUUCUUCCUAUAGGCAUCAUCAUCUACCUCCCAAGAUAUUUAGUUGUGUUGAGGCCAGUUAUAAAUAUGUUCAAAUUUAUUGCUAAUUUUCAUGCAUAGUAAACCAUUCACUGCCCUUUCUUAGUCAUAUUCCAAAAAUUAUGCUAUAUUUCAGAUUUAAAAUGCUCUUGUGUCUUAAUGGUGCAGCUUAUUUAAUAUUAGAGACUUCUUGCACGUUUGGUUCAAUGUUUUAUUUGCUGAAGCAUUGAAACACGGGUCAUACCUAAGAAUGUUUAGGUGAUGAUCCCAAGAAUUCAUUGUUGUGGCUGCUCACCUGUGUAGCUUGAUUCCAUUCAUCCAUUUAUAAAGAGGAGUGAAAGCUUCAACAUAUUUUAAUCUCAAGCAAAUGAUCUUACCUGCAGCAGUAUCUGAUUAUACUUCUUUCUGUCAGAUACAAAUGUGUUGUAAGUCUUCCCAUUGGUUGAUUUCGUUUUGAGGGAAAAAGAGUGAGUACUUAAGACGUUUUCAGAUCAGUAUAUAACAGCCUUCAUUGACUUAUGUGUUGUAGGCGGUAAUGUGUGACUGAUACCCCUCUCCUUAUUUGUUACAUAUUUACUUAUCAUCUUUUAUUCACAAAUCGUGAGCAAGGCAUCUUGUUUGUUCUGCUUGAGACUCCAUAUUUGCUUUUCUCAAACUUAAUUUACCUAAGAAUUGUUCCUUCAUUGAUGAGGUUCCUUUCUUCAUGUUUAAGGGUAAGAAAGGUUAAAGAAAUGUGUCUGUACCAUAUGUUGCAUGAGCUUGUUGGAACAGAUAACAAGAAGACUGAGUGCGACUUGCACAGACGUACACACACGUGUAAGGUAGGAAUUAUUUUCAUACAAAAGUAAUCUAAAACUCUAUUGCCUUAAAAAUAAACAUCUUGUAUGACACAA